AUGCACUUUUCCAAGCUUUUCCUCGUCGCGGCUGCCACGCUUGCGGCCGCUCACCCCGGCGAAGUCCACGAUGCUCACGCCGUGAAGCGGGAGAUUCGUGCUCGCGAUGCGUACGCCGCUGCAGCCAAGCGUGCACUAGAUGCUUGUGCUAGCACCACUGAGGCCCAGCAACUGAAGCAGCGCAAUGUCGCUCGUCGGGCCCGCACUGCCCGCCAGCUGCGAGAGAGCAAAGGGAUUACGGCUAAUGCUCGCAAGUGGCGUCGCGAUCUGGCCGCUCUCGAGAAGUGGGAAGCCAUCAACCACAACAAGACCGGUGUCCACGACUACUCCUCCAACACGGCCGAAUCAGUUAUUUUCGGCGGCAACACCAGCGCCAUCCUGACCCCUACCAUUACUGACGGACCAUACUAUGUCUGGGGAGAGAUCCUACGCCAGAACGUCAAGGAGGAGAAGUACUGCGACGGUGUCGACGUCACCCUUGAGGUGCAGUACAUCGACGUCAACACUUGCCGGCCAGUGAAGGGCGCUGUGGUGGAUAUCUGGAACGCCAAUGCUACCGGUGUCUACAGUGGCAUCUCUACCACCGGCAACUACGCUGCUGACGGCUGGGACUCCACCUACCUCCGUGGUAUCCAGCAGACCGACGACGACGGUGUGGUUACCUUCGACACCAUCUUCCCCGGCCACUACGACGGACGUGCCACGCACACUCACCUCCUUACACAUCUCAAUGCCACGAUGAACGCCAAUGGCACUCUGGAAGUCGGCACCGGCAGCAUCGCCCACAUCGGCCAGCUCUUCUGGAACGAGGUCCUUCGCUCUGCUGUCGAGGAUACCUCCCCUUACAACACCAACACGCAGGCCAUCACCACCAACGCGGACGACAUGUGGAGUGUUCUGCAGGCAUCGGAUGAGUACGACCCCUUCCCCGAGUACCUGUACCUGGGUGAUGCGUUGGAGGAUGGUCUCUUCGCGUGGAUCCAGAUCGGUAUCAAUGCCUCGGCCGACUACACCGACAACUCGUACUACAGCAUUGCUGCGUACUAUGAGGAGGACGGUGGACACCAGAACACCGCCAGCUCGGCCUUUGGUGGCUCUGGCAGUGCUACGAACGGUACCAUGCCUUCGGGAGCUGUUUCUUCUAGUGCCGCUGCUUCUUCCAGUGCAUAA